AUGACUUCUCGCUCUGCCCUCGUCGUUUUAGCCAUAGUAUGGUUUCUUGGCCCCCUUUGCCCCUCCGGUCUCCUCUUUGCCUCGGGCUUCGUCCGCAACACCGCCACCAUCACCAACCCCACCGCUCAGCAAGUGGGCUGGAUCACCCUCCUGAUCUUGGGCAUCGCCGCCCUCGGGCUCCCCUUCUACUUUUCCUACCACCGUUUCAACCACAUCUGGGAAGCGUCGCCGCAUGUCCGUGGUGGGGCCUGCUACAGGUUCAUUUUGGCAUCCAUUUCCGUCGUCCUCCUCACGGGCACGAGCGCGCUCGGGUUCUUUUCGGGCUUCUGGUUCGCGGCGCCUCGCGACGAGCACGCCCUGUGGCGCACCCGCUGGAUCAUCACCCUGUCCUUCGCCCUCGCCCUCUAUGUCGCCGCCCUUAGUUUCGACAUCUACAUCAUGUACCGGCAGGACAGCGAGACGGUCGACGGCGAAAGGCUGCCGUGGGACAUUUUUACCACAGCCACCCUGCCAACCCAUCGUCAGGCAGAGGUGGCGGCGAACAACGGCCGCACCUUCUACUACCCCACGAUUAACCAUACCACACACGACAACGCUCAUGCUGCUGACUUCAACCUGGCGGGAUACUACGACCAGGCCGCGCAUAUGAACAUGGGGUAUGGGGGACGCUAUCGUAUGUGA